AUUUGGUUUUCAGUUUUAAAAUGCUGUUCGAGGCUCGAGCCUUCGAGAUGCUGAAAUUAGUGUAGCAACUGUAUUUUUGUUAAUUUGGCCUUAUUUGGGUUAAAAAUAGAUUUUACCGGAGCUUCGUGGGAUUUCAUUAUGGUCCGUGGACAGCGGAGUUACACGGACGAGGAGAUACGGGCUUUCAUGUUGGGCCAUUCUGCCAGUAAUAUCAGCGCCAGGAGUUAUGCCAUGAAAAUCGGAGUUCCCUGGACAACAUUCAUGUUUUGGAAAAGAAGGUUGAAAAGCAGCGACAAACCAAGAAAGGAAAAACACAAGAGACAACCAGAGCAUCUCGAUAUCGAGGAGGGGCUGUACGAGUUUAUCGUGGCGGAGCGAGAGAAAGGCCGGACGGUGACACGCCGAGAGUUAAGGGAAAGAGCCUUGAAUUUAGCGGCAGCGAAAGGAGCUCCCCUGUUUAAGGCUUCGGAUCAGUGGCUGAGAGGGUUCCUCAAGAAAAGAAGCUUACGAGACUGCGUUGUGUAACCGCAACUGCAAGUGCCGUCCCCAUGGGCGGCUACAAUGUACACACUGUGACAGUAAUUUGCGAUUUUACUGAAUUUUUGUUUGCACAGGAUUAAUGGAUAGACUUUGCACAAACUUAAUCCAAAGCGACGCAUCUGUUGUGUAAAAUAAUACUUUAUUAUAAUUUUUUUAAUUAGAUUCGUGCCGAAAGAGUCUCUUUUGGGGCGCAAAAUUGAAGAGGUGUACAAGAACGGAAAUUUGAAUUAAUUAACAUGUUUCCGAAUUAAAGCCAAAUCAUGUUG